AUGAUUCUUUUAACUAUUUUAAUAGGGUUUAGUUAUGCAUUAGUUAUGAAAUCAACUCAUACCACUAGAGGUUUUAAUGCAAUUGAAAUUGACCUGAACAAUUAUGAUGAAUUUACACUUGGCUAAUCAACCAUAGUUAUCAGUUUGACAUAUAACCCAAUAACGUCAUACCCUAUACUUUCAUAUUGUUCUAUAACAAAUUUAAACAUUAUAAAAACUAUAAUUAGCUCUAUAUCUCAAGUUAAAACUUAGAUAGAAUCAAAUAAGUAUAUUGUUUAGAAUAUUUAGGAAAUAGUGUAUUUUUGAUAACAAUGCUAUAUUAAAUUAUUAGAGCAAACAAUAGAUAAUGUUAUAUGAUUAUAAUUAAGAAGAGUCUGAGUGGAUAUACAAUAAAUUUAGUAUUUUUGGUAUGAAAGAAAGAAAAUUCUCAAUUUACAUAUUUUCAAGUGAAGAAACAGAAUAUGAAAUAACUAUCGCAAAUCAAGAGCCUUUAACAUGCUUUUCUAAGUAUAAGGUUAAUUAUUAAUAGAAGUUGUAACAAUAUUGGGUUUUGCUCAAAAAGUCAACCGUCGUUUUGUAUAUGCAAUGAGAAUUAAUUUGGAACUAAUUGUUAAAUUUCAUCAAGGUCCUACAAGGGAAAUGGAUAAGAAACAGUAAUAUAUUUUAUAAACAUUAGAUAUCUCUAGAAAGCCAAAAAGAGACUCUAAUUUCUAUACCACUGAACUAAAGUAGUAUAAAUUCAUUAGACAUUAAUAUAAAUGCCAAUUAAAAAAUCGAUUGCUUUUUGGCAUGUUAGUUUGAAAAAGAUUACCUUCCAUUUUAUGAUAGUUAAUUUUAUGAUUUGAAUAAAUUAGACAUUGGUAAGAUAACCUAUUCUAGUGAGAAAAUAAAGGAAUGUUUAAAUCUAUUUUAUGAAAUUAAUAAAGAACUUAGUUAAUAAAUGACUCCAAAGCUAUUAUUAUUGUUUUAUAAUAAAUAAGCAACUAAUGUUUUAAUUAAUAUGAGUGUUGACAUAUCCAAUAAUGAUUAAGGUGAUGAUAAAAUUAUAUAUUACAUACUUGCUGGUGCAUUUUCUUCUUUAAUAUUGGCUUUUGUUUUGAUUGGUUGUGCACUUAUAUGUAGAAGGAGAAUUAAUAAAUUUGAAUAAUAUUCAACAGAUCGAAGAAAUAGUACAGAGAAAUCAUAAAAAGAAGGUAAAUUUCAUGAAAGAUAAUUUUCUGGAGAUUUUAUUCCUGUUGAAUUAUAUGAAUAAGUUAUAUAAGAGUAUCCAGGAUUGAAUGUAAUUACAGAAUGUUAGAUUUGUUUGGUUGAAUUUGAAAAUCAGGAUUUAGUAAAAUUGACUUAUUGUUUACAUUUAUUUCAUUAAUCUUGUUUAGAUGAAUGGAGAAAGAAAUUAUAAGUAAAAUACUUUGUAAUUUAGAUAUGUCCUGUUUGUAGAGGAGACUUGACUAAAUAAAAGUAUAAAGAGAGAUAAAAAGAUUAAGAAAUAUAUUAAUUUGGAGUAAUUGCUGGAGAUGAUAUCUAGAUUGAUAAUAAAAAAAUAGAAGAAAUUAUUAAAAGAGAAUAAAGAAUUAAAUAAUUGUAAUAAUAAAUUUUUUUAAUUUAGAUAAUUUGCUUAAUCAACCUCUGUUAUAAAUACUAUGAAAGAAAAUUCUCCAUCACCAUCAUCUGGAGAACCUUUGAGACUUAAAUUUUAAUAAAAAUAAUAAAAAUGA